UUCAAGUGACAUUUCGUCCGUUUGAAUUUUCGCUGUGGCCGGUUUCGCUGAACUUUCCUUCCGCAAAUAGUGAUCUCCUACUUCCUUAAGUGCUCUCUAAAACAAAUAGUUCAUAUAAUACUCAACAUGAUCCAUGACAUCCUCUUAUCACUCUCAAACCCGCAUUCAGCUCGAAUACCAAUAGAAGAUUUGAUGGUUUCCGAUGCAAUUUCAAUGUUUCUGCACCCAUGCGAGAAGAAAAUACUAGAAGAGAUUUUGAAAAUCAUCCGAGAACAUCGGGAAAUUGCAACAUUCACUCGAAAUUAUGGACUGAACACAAAGGCGGGAAGUUUGGAUUUAGAAGACCCCCUACAGAGAGGAUUAUAUCUACAAGCACUCGCAUCUGGAAUCGAUAACGUCCUAGACAAAUACCUCGAAAGCAUUGCUAAACUGGAGAAGGACUAUCUGCAGAAUCCUUCCCAUUCGUUGUUGUUCAUUUAUCACAAAGUUGACACGUUCCAGCCGUUGUUUUCGUUCCUUCUGAAAGUUGUUCGUGAUUUGAAGAUGCAGCGGUUGCACGGUUGCGCUAUUUUGCAAUAUUUACAUCAGCAUAUGAUGCACGGAGAUGAUCAGAUCAAUAAGGCAGUGAAAAUGAUUCAGUCUUCUGUUAACGUCGUAUUUCUGAAACAACUGACACAUUGGCUUCUAUAUGGCAAAGUCCUAGAUACCUAUGGAGAGUUUUUUGUCCAAUGUUCCGAGUCGCGAAAUUCUACGCUUGGAAGCACAAGUGCUGGAAGCGGACGACAUACAGCUACGACUCUAUCUGACGCUACCAGCACAUACGCAGAAAUCUGGCACUAUGAAAUCUGCUACGAAUUCCUCCCACACUAUCUUCCACCCAGUUGGGCUGAAAAAGUCCUUUUCAUCGGUCAAACUGUUCUCAUGUUCAAAGUAGACGCCAGCAAGAAAAGAAAAGAUGCGCACAGCUGGCAUGACUCGGAGAAACACAAUUUCGGCGAGUCUCUAUACAACGAGAAGGAGCAUGUAUUCUUCAAAAUGAUCCAGGAACUCCAGUAUGAUCCACGAUUGAAUGUCGCCCACUAUGAACGGGUAAUCGACGAAAUCAAACGAUAUGUCACGGAACGGCUAUCACAAAUCGCAGUCGAUCAAGCGGAUUUGAUGAAGCAAUUGAAAUUGAUCAAGGACUUUUUCCUGUUGGGUCGUGGAGAAUUAUUUCUGGAGUUUAUCAAGCGAACUCAUUCGAUUAAUCGAUCACCCGUUACAGAUGCAACGGUGAGGGAUCUGGUGAAGGCUUUUGAUUCCGCCGCACACAGUGUUAAUGUCACAGAAGACCUCGAACAAUUUUCAUUUACGAUUCCAAAGGAACGCAUAGAUAACGAUGAUCUUUGCAAUUUCGGGUAUUUGCAAUACAUCACGCUACAGUACAAAAUCAACUGGCCCCUGCAUCUCCUAUUCUCGCCGAAGGUGAUCGAGCGCUACAAUGAACUGUUUCGAUUUCUGAUGCUGAUCAAGAGGACCCAGUACGAUUUGCAUAUGAUUUGGUGCUUUCAUAGAGAGAACCGUGUGCACAUGACCAAUGUAAAACUGCUGCAGUUACGAAACCAGUUGAUGUUCCUAGUCGAUAAUCUCCAAUAUUAUAUUUUAAUAGAUGUCUUGGAGAGCCAGUACAGCAUUCUCAUGAACACAGUCCUCGAUUCAACAGAUUUCGAGCACAUCCAGCGUGCGCAUUGUAUUUUUCAAGCAAAUGUUUUGAGUUUAUGCUUUCUAUUAACUGAUGAAGAACCGUCCAAAACAAACGUUAUGAAUUCUAUUGAGAACCCCGUCUUGACAAUUCUCAACAAAAUCUUCCAUUUAUGCGAUGAAUUUUGUAAUUUUGCCAAAACUGCUCACAGCACUUUAACGGAGCAAGAAAAUACGGAUUAUAAUUUGUUGGAAAAAGAAUUUGAAAUUCUGAUCGACAAACUGUUGAAUUUAUUAAUUGGGUUGAAAGCAGGCUCUACAUCAACACCACUAUCGCAGUUUCUACUCCGACUUGACUACAAUCACUGGUUCAGUACGCGAAAGGAAGAGAAGCAGACAUGAACGGGAAUAUCAUGGAAGGGACCCUUGUUUCGCUAGUCUUAGUUUUGUUCGGAGUUUACAGUUCCCACAACCAAGGCUUAUGAAAAAUUCCUCAAGCUACAAAUGCAUAUAAACUGAACUUGAUCCUUAUAUACCGUGGAAUGUGAUGUUGUAGAACUUCAGAAAAAAUUCAAAUGAA